UUUCCCAAUACCAAAUAUGGAUUUAACAAUCGUAACUUCAACGUGGCAACGAAUACAUGGGCACCUUUCACAUUAAUCGAACCUACUGAUGGACAAUGGGGUGUGGUGGCAAACGGAUCAUGGACAGGUCUAGUAGGUCAAGUCUUGAGACGGGAGGUUGACCUUGUUGUAGCACCUUUGGUCAUAACAUCUGAAAGGUUAAAGGUCAUGGAUUUCAGCUUCCCUUUUUUUCAUGACUAUUCGGCGGUCUUGUUUAAAAUGCCCGAUCCGAAUAGAUCCAAGUGGAGAAAAUUAGCAGAACCUUUUAAAUGGCAGGUUUUUGUGUGUAUCAUUGCAUCUUUCUUGCUACUGACUUUCCUACUAUAUACGCUGGAAAGGUGCAAUCCUUUUUAUGUAACUCAGAAUAAGAAAAGAUAUAGUUUUCUCGAUAUGAUUCUCUAUGUUUAUGGAGCAAUGUUAAUUCAAGGUGGUCCAAACCAACCCAAGUCAUCGAGUGGUAGAUUUCUUGUUGCAUUUUGGUGGCUUUUUUCUAUCAUAGUAGCUGCUACCUACAGCGGCAAUUUAAUAGCAUUUUUAACCGUGGCGAAGGAUAAACCACCGUUUGAAACAUUGGAUGAAUUGGGUAGCCAGAAUACAUAUAGAUGGGGUACUCUCGGUGGCACUAGCUCCAAAGGUAAAGAAGUACAGCAGUUAUGGGAAGGUGUUUCUGAAUUUAUUAAAAGUGAUCCUGAUGUGCUAAGUGAAUCUACAGCCGUACAUAUGGAAAAAGUUGAGACUGGAAACUAUGCCUAUAUCGCUGACAAAGGAAUGUUAGAAAUAGAAAUGGCCAAAAAGUGUGAUUGGGUGUUUUUAAAAGAAUUAUUUUUUCCUUUACAAUAUGGCGUUGGUUUACCAAAAGAUUCGCCGUUUUAUAAUCUUUUUUAUGACGAGAUGUUGAGAAUAUACGAAACCGGUUUACUACAAAUAUGGAAACAAAGAUGGUGGCCAAAACAAGGAACGUGUAAAGGGUCUUUAAUAUCCGAAGUAAGGAAGAUUGAAUUAAUUGAUAUCCAAAGUGCUUUCUACGUCAUUGCUUUAGGAAUAGCGAUUGCUUCAACAAUCAUUUUAGGAGAAAUUAUAUACACUCGUCAAAAGAAGAAAUCAGAGUGA